GCGGGGCCUUGCGGUGAAGCGGCUGACCUAGGGAGGGUAAGCUCCGGAGCUGGGGGCUCUUCGGUCGCCGUGUGUCGCAUUGGUGCGCGCCCGCGGCCUCGGCAUGGGUCCCGUCACAGGGCGGAGUUAGGACUCGCUGCCAGCAGCGCUCCGGUGCGUCCCGGGCUGUUCGAAGAAGCAGGUGGAAUCGGAGGAGGACCGACGCCUUUUGCCUUGUCGUGCGAAGUAGGGAGAGUGUAGUAACAGAGCAAAGACCACAAUGACGCUGCCUACCGUGAUGACGGCACCGCCGCUUUUCAUGCUCUUGCUGCUUAUGCUACGUGCAAGCCAACCGGACUCGCUGGCAGUGCUCGCUGCACCGUCUGCGGCACCCGGUAACGACACAGCGACCGCAACUAGCGCCACCGAGGCGACGUGCGAGUCGGACGCGGACUGCCGGCGUCUCAGCUUCCAGGCUGCCGCUGUGGGCAUCGCAUGCGACGCAUCGACGCGCCGCUGCGCCUGCACCAACCGGACGCUCGUGCUCACGCGCCGCGGAACGUGCCUGCCCAUUCGCAUGCUGGGACAACCCUGCCGGCGCAACGAGCAGUGCCUCAAGAUUGACAAGAACUCUGAGUGUGAUAACGACUACUGCAAGUGCAAGGAUGGCUACUAUCUCUUCAAUGACGUCAAUGGGACAUCCUGUCUACCAGACGUCGAGCUGCAGACAAUGCGCCCUUUCGGCAUGGAUCCCAAGACAGAUCCUGGGAUGUCCGAUGAGAACAUGGUGCCCAUCAUCGUGUGCCUGGCCAUCAUGUUUGUCGGCAUGUGCGUCGCCCUGCAGUUGUUCAGCAGGUGCGUGGAAAUGUUGAAUUACGUCGAGCUGCAGACAAUGCGCCCUUUCGGCAUGGAUCCCAAGACAGAUCCCGGGAUGUCCGAGGAGAACAUGGUGCCCAUCAUCGUGUGCCUGGCCAUCAUGUUUGUCGGCAUGUGCGUCGCCCUGCAGUUGUUCAGCAGGGCUCGCUUCCGCAACCAGCGCACCAUCUUCAACUCUCCAAACCCGCGGCUGUCGCACCUCAAGUUGAGCAACAAAGACAGCAAACGGCGCCACAGUCACGCCAGCCUGCACGCGGGCUCCCGGAGAGCGAGCGCCUGUUCCCAGAUGUCCCCUUCCAAGAUGGGAAGCAGGGUCGGAAGUAGGGCUGGAAGCAGAGCCGGAAGCCGGAGCGGAAGCCCCGACGUACGGCGCUCUUCACUUUUUCAGCAUCACGGAGAGCACCACGGAUCCAAGGACGGCGCACACACUCUGAUUAAUGGACCAGCAGAAUCACUCCAGAACGGCUCGCCCAAGGUGGUUGUGAACAGGGGCCGUUCCCCAUCCCCAACUGCGCAUGCGUGAGCCUACCGCCCAGUGCUGCUAGCUGAGCUGCGUUAGGAGCAGCAAGCCGCAACAGCAGCCGAAGCCGCAGCCAAGCCUUGCGUCGGCUAGUUCCGACCAUCCGCCUCUCGCUCCUUCUCUUCCACCCCGCCAACCACGCGGUGCUUUCAUCUCAGCCCAAAAAAAUGAAGCAUAGCCAACCUCACGUGCCCGCAUUUCGUGUGGUCGGCAUUACCCGGGCCAGUGAUGUAGUAUACACAAAUUGCUGAAUUCAGUCGAAAAGGCUUCGAUCAGUGGAAGCCUCACGGGACACCGUCAGACACAAAAGUAGCCGUUGCGCUUCUACAAACACCCGAAACCAUUAGGCUGCUUACAAUUUGCUUCCUGUCAGUACUUGGUUCUCAGAACGCCCUGAUAUAUAGACGCCUGACUUGUGCGGUUGCGCGAAUAAUUUCCCGGGAAAGGACUGAAAAACAAGCACCGAGAGGUGUGUCUUGCCUUGGAUUUUAUAGGAAACUGAAACCGCCCUCUGGAUUACUUCAAAUUGUUCCUGAAUACUUUUCGGUCAAUUUACGAGACAAACUUGCAGAGAACAGGUACGGCGUAAUAUUGUUCCCACUCCCUCUCGUUUAUUUCGUUUCUAUUGACAAGCAUCCUAACGCUCAAGAAAACCACGAAGUUUGACUAAAGCUGAGUUUGGGGGAGCAGUUCAAACAAAAAAAAACGAUGUUAUUACCUGUUUUCAACGUCGUUUAUGGAUUGAACGCCUGGUUAUACAAGUGAUCGGAAAAUCAGAAGUAUCCGCACUAAAUAUAACGUUAGACUCUAAAGUAUCAUGAAGCUAGGGUAAUGACCCAACUUUCACCCAGCGCUACUGCUCGUGCGAGGCCCAUGCUUGGCGCUUAAACGCGAAUCACGUCGCCAUGAUGCAUAGUCCGCGCGGUGCAACUUUUCGAAAAAUAAUGCCAGAACACGACGACGACGACGACGCGGUGAUUCCUAUGGCAUAUACAUAAUGCGAAACCCGUAAGACGCUUUGACGGAAUCGAUAAUCGGGCGCGCGGGCGUGUGAGCCUCAUGAUUCGCGCGCGCGACUAAGCCUAAUUAAGGCUUUUCAGGCCAUGCGCUAUUAUAAUAUGGCUAGUGCCCUUGUUUUGCCGAGAAGGUGUCUCGCAAGGGAUUGCCCCUUUUCGUGUCUGUGUGGUGGCAUUCUUUCUCGCUCUCUAGAUGCUUUUAUCAUCGGCACAUUAGCUGUAUUCUCGCAGCCAGCCACUAAGCUCCGCUUUCGGGUGCAUCAAAGAGCUCACGCUCCUCAAUGCAAACUAUAGAGAGCCCGGCGACACUGUCAGACUUAAUGGAAUUAAGCGCCUCGGGUCCUGGCGUUCUGUGUGGUUCUCGGAGGAUUGCACGGGAAUGUUUAAUGGAAUCAGCCUUUAAUGGUAAUUUCUUGCAAACAGUGCGUGCGAGACUCGUUUCUCUUUGAGCCCAAGAAAGAAGGCGGAGUUACGUGAGGCAAAUAACCGUGACGACACACAUCGAGGCAAACGUAAUCAAUUUGUACGGUUCCGUUACAUCACCUAAAAAUGUGCGAGCUUUGCAGUGAGAAUUUGAUACUUCUUUCAAAUGACUUUCGCAUCUAUACAAAAGCUAAAGAACCCGAGAGAAACUUCGCAGGCCAAUAUAAAGGCGUCGUGUGGGACAAUAGUUAGGUAUAUUUAUAAAACAUUGAAAAUUCAUAGGUUAAGCUUACUUCUCCGAAAAUGUGCUAAUGAUUACUCACAACCUUCUGUAGAUUUUUCACUUUUCUUAAAAUCAGGUCCAGAACAGGCACAACUUAAAAGAGUAAUUCUAUCCAAUCUAAAUAAACUUGCAUUAUAAGCAUCACCUAUGGUAAUGACAGCAUUGUAUAUGUAACGAAAGUUACUGCCUUGGUUCGAAAGGCCUCACUUCAAUCAAAAUUGCGAAGUUUAGGAACUUCAAACCAGCUAAAUAUUCACAUGAGCAUUGUUUUUGUAUUCCCGUGCAUGCGUAUUAUAUUGACGCAUACUGUGGUUACUUUGCCGUCUCUAUAUUUGGACCGUGUGAUGCACAGAUAUAUGCUGACGCCACAUGACAUAACACUCGCAUCACCAAGUAAAUGCUUGAAUAACCUCUUUAAUUCCUUAAGUGCUACGAUUUCAGCCUCGCACAGGUCAAACAAAAAUUCACAUAUAUCGCAGUGUUAAUAAACUCAUAGCUGUUGUUAAUUUGAAGAAUGAAACUUGAAAAAACGAUCAAGAAAAACCAUGAAAAGAUAGUUGAUCUUGCACUCGUCACAGAAAAUGAGAAACCAUGCUUCUUAUCAUAUCGAUUAUUAAAGUAUAAUCUAAAGGCAUCCUUCAGAGAACUGGGAACGUGUCUGCUGAUAUUGCAUCAGCUCUGCAAGCAGGUUAUGUGUUGUAUUAAUUCGUGUCACGCGCACAUAAUUAGCAAGAAUCAUCGGCAUGCAAUUAAGUCAGUAGCCCCAUUGACUUGCUAAUUACAGAUGCAAUGUUUCUUAUAUAUUCCUCACAAAACAUUAUAAAAAGGGACACAUUACUCUCUCAAAGUAAUAGGUCAGCGAUUGUUGCUUUAGUUUCAAUGAUAUUUCAGUACAAAUGCUAAUAAAACCUACCAAAACAAACAAAUACGUUAUGAGAGCAUUAUUAACUAUGUGUCAAAAUUUUCCACUCAUUAUGUUCAGAAUGGAUUUCUCAACACAAGACUAUCCUAAAGACGCUGAAAUACGCUUGGUUUAGGGUGAAAAACCAGUGUAAUACCGUAUUUUUUAUCCAACAGACACAAUUGCAUUAUCUGGUUAUCAGGAGUAGGAAAGCCAAGAGUACGCAUAUAUUUAAAAGCUCUGGCAUCAUUGCGAGCAUUCGGUAGUUAAGCGCUACGGGAGAUUACUACAUAACCUAAUGAUGUCUCAGUACGACGCCGUAAUAAAAUCAAAGGCUUGAUGUCUAACACUACAGCGUGCCAUAACUGAGAACUAUACCGACACUGGUUUCAGUACCACAAAUUUCUAAUCUUCCCUACCAAUUUUCUGUUCAAUCGUCCAUCAUUUGAAAGAACGUUAUGACUCCCUGCGCUAGCGUUCUUAGAAUUGAUUACAAUAGAGUUUUAAAACACCUGAAACCUCAAAAAACUAGGUUACCUUUUCUUUUGCUUUUGGCGUAAUCUGUGUUCUUGAACUGAUUGUUCUCAGCAAUGUUGGUACAUACCCCCCGCCCCUAGCGAUACAUACUGUGUCCCUGCUACCAUUUCAAUUUGUGACUUCAAGCUUGUUACUCGUUAGUCUGCGCGAGCUUUGUUAACUUUGCUUGCCAAAAUACUGUACUUGUGUGCUUGUAUUGUCCAACGUGAGUGUUCCUGUUUCGAGACAUGAACAUAUGUCUCUGGCAUAUGUCUCCUGUUUAAGCUUACAGUCAUUCGAAUAAUCCCAACUGACAUCAAGGCAUGCGAAUCAAAACUCGAUGUUUUACGCCUUGAUAAAUUGUUUUUCCAGUGACAAACAUGACACAUAGCUUCCACACUGUCAAGUUCCGUACUGUUAAUAUGAAACGUUCGUGUGUGUUUUUUUACUUCUUCUUUUUGCAAUUCUUGUACAGAAAGUCAGUUGGCUCGAAAGAGAAACGAUGAUCAGAGCUUUUUCUUCAUUAUUGUAAAAAUUGAGCCAAACAGCUUUUCAUUUUUCUUUCUGUUUCUUUUGCACACCUGUACGCAUCCGGGAUACUUCUGUGAUUUUGACUUCAGGGAAUUGCUUUGUCUGGUCCUAUUAUUUUGAAGUAUAGACAUCAAUCAUAACCUUUAGCCUUGAAGGAUGCUUCGAGACCUUGGAAUAGGUUUUACGCGGUGUCAAAAAUAUGGUGAACAAUAUUGUAGUUCUCUUAACGUGCACUUUUCUUUAAUAUUUCUUUGGCGCUGCUGAUUCUUAUAAAGACUAAAAAUAAGAUGAUGCUUACCCCUUAGGCCAACAUGGACUAAAACAACAUUGGGGAUUGUUAUGAAUUCACGAGGUGUACGACCAAGGAGCUACAGUUUGGCUCGAACGCACUGGUUUGCGCUCAGUCGAAUGCUGCCCGUAUACCAAUGUCGUAGCACGACUUCGCACAGUAUUUCUUCAAAUGCGUUUCGAAUGGCGCUUUUUAUCGACCGAGAGACACGUUCUGGUUCAUCCGGUCCAUUGAGCUUAACGAUAGUGUUCCACGCGUCCAGCGUACCAAUCGACUUCUUACGUGCCCCAUUUCUCGCCGGUCGCGCUGGGAAACGAGCCGCAGCUGGAAGCCUUCACAGCGAAGCCGGCCGUGUGCUUGGUUCUGAUCGCAAAUUUCCGCUUGGCUGUAGAAAUGUAGCUUUAUUAUGUAGCGCUAUUUCCUGAUUUCUUCUCACUUUUUCGACGAUUUUCUUUUUGAAAGAAACGAAAAAAAUGUAAAACAUGCAAGAUUGCUCUACUGAGCUUUCAUAGUGUACAGUUCACUGCAUGUUACGGGCGACCUUGCGUGACAUGAAACAGAAAAAAUGCCACAUAAAAAACUAAAAAAAAAUAAGAAAGUUGCCAAUGGUCAGUUUUGGAGACGUCUCGUUCUAUGUGCAUUCGUGGAUCUGGAACGACGAAAUGAAAAGCCUCACAGAACUGAGUCACCAGAUUGUACCUAUAUUGAUUUGUUGUUUCAUCAAGUAACGGAUAUAAAGAAAUACGACAUACAAAAUAAGGCGAUGGCCCACGUAGUAUUGGCGGCAUAGUUCUGGACUGUACUAAUGGCCAAAGAGAUGGAUACUUUUGCAUUCCACUUGAACACUUGAGCCCUUCGUCAUCUCUAGUCACUGAAUUAUUCAGUUGUUCACACCGCUCAAAUGAACCAGCAAGCUAAUGCGAGUAAUAAGCGGCUAUUAAAGACAUCUAAACUUUCAAGGUGUCAGGUUUUCAUUAUUAGGUUUGAUGCUAAGGCUGACUACUAUUUCUUGCUAGAAGGAAGUACUCAAGGUUUAACAAGGUAGCACAGGCAUGGUUUUACUUGAACCGAUUGUUUCGAAAGGAACGAUAUGAAUACAGCAAAGUUGCUUUCUGAGACGUAGGAUAAAAUCUGUCCUCACUGAUGCUGUUGUAAUAAGUAAUAUAGAGACUCCAUCACUCUGCGUCGUAAUUGAAUACCGCAAGCAUUGCAUUGGAAUCAAGCUUUUAGCAUGAGACAACCGCAACUUCAAAACCUGGUAAAGAAACAUUAGGGAAGCUUCAGCACAACUCAGUGUUACACCAAUUACUGCAUCAACCGGUGACUUUUAUUUCCACAAUUGAAAACAUUGAAGUAAUGUGGCAGAGGCCCGUACAAUUUCUCCUGAUUGGAAGGGAAAUAAAGCGCCUCUGCUUAGGCACGCUAGUAUUCGGGCUGCUCCUCCUAAGAAAUGCAUCCUUCCUUUUACGGGGAAGCCGUACCAUGAAAUCUACAAUCUGACUAAAGUAGCUCAGAUGCUUAUGUGUUGCCGAUUUCUUGUCAGACCGUUUUGAUAACGUGAAGACUUUCGCGGAGAUUUUCUCAAUGUCUUACACAAGUGUGCUCGUAAUAAUCCAAGGGAUACAUUAGCCACCGUAACUCAAUGAGAAAUUGAACGACCGAAGCUCUCCUUCACGGUCGUUUUGUUGCGCUGUUCCAACGAAUGCCAUCAAUGAAUGCGUGAGCCGGUGCCAGAGCCAGAGCUCAAAUAUGGAUGUAAUAAAGGGGACAAUACUAUACCGUGUCGUAAUAGCGUGUUGGUAGAAACCCUCGUUCUGUUAAGCAAACUGGGCCACGAUAUACCUAUUGAAUGCAAGUGAUUCACGGUCCUUAAUAUAGCAGGGGUACAUGCAAUUAUGUCGUGAACAUUUCGGGCAUAAUUUUCUAAAACAACAUGUGUAGAUGGAUAUGCGGUUAGGGUCCACUUAACUGGUCCAUGCGAAGCCUUAGUAAGUUUCAAACGCCAGAUAUUUCGAGUAUAUUACUAACAAGUUUCUACUACAUAGCAUAACAUAAGAAGUUUUGUUUAUGUAUGCUCAUAUGAAUAAAUAAAGAGACACCGCGCGUUAGUUCUCUCUAGCACUUCCACUUUUUGCACAGUAGGAAUUAGAAACCACCUCCUCAAGCGGAGGAACUAUAUAUAUAUAUACACAUAUAUGAACAUGAGCGUAUAGGACUUUUUCAUUUCAACGUUUUAUGUAAAUACCUGGGGGUAAAUUAUUGUAAAUAACUAUGAGUAAAUCCCCUUUUGCAUUCUUACGAUCGCCUUUCUCAUGCCCUGAAAGUAGAAUAGCGAUGCUCAUUUGCUCCAAAAGGCUUCCUACGGGCGAAUAAAUUUGUCAUCAUUUCAUAUAUUAUUACUGCUUUUCCUCGAGGCGUAGUACUGUUUUCCGCGAGGUGCUUAAAUUAACUCACGCUUUACUAGCGGAUGUGACAUGGUUAUAGUUCUUCGCGAAGCUCCUUUUGCGGCCCUUUAGAAUGGUACCACGAGACUCACUGCUCUGGGUUUGCCAAAUACAAAACCGUAAAAAAAAGCAUUGAACUCAACUCACGUGUCACGCUGUCACGGGGCCGAACAGUCGAGGUGUAAGUAAGUGCUUAGUCGUCUACGAAAAUUUUCCCGCUUUAUCGGAUAUGUUAGUUUCGUUCAUUAUCACAAGCAGCUCUCUAACGGUCCAUGUAUAAGAGGAAAUAUUCGAGAGAACUUGGUGCAGGAAGCGUAGUAAGCGUGAAACCUACAGCCAAGUGUCAGGGCUUGAACUGUUUCUCUGGGAUAAGGAGGGGCCAUGCACAGACAAACUACUCUCGUACUGUACUCUGAAAGUAUACGGGAAAUGAUCGCGUAGGCAGUGCCACUCUUGGAGCGUCAAGUGUUAGACACAAUGUGUGGGCUACAAAACAUCGUCAAAAUAUCGGGCUGCAAAAUAUCGGUGCAUACCAGAUAUCGUCGCAAAAUUAGGCAACUGUUCUUGACAGAAGGCUGAGUACAGCUACUCCCUUCGCAGACACUCUUUUAUAUGUAGACAACGUAAUUACGUCGAGCCCAUGGCUGCACUAAUGCCUCCUACCGUACAGGAAGCACUGUUUGUACGAUAUAAAAAUAGCCUUUGAGAAUAUGGACAGCGGCAUCCCUUGUACUAUGGCUGCUCAUUUUCCAAAGCACUACAUUAUUCUGCACAUCAAGCGAUAGAACCAAACGGCAACUUUGGUCCUCAAUACAUGAAGCCAGGGCAGCGCAGUUUUGCUGCUGCGUGUUAGGUCGUGGUCUCUGCAAUCAGAUACAACAGCGCCUCCGUGAUCAGCUCCGGCAGCGUGACGUAGUUGACCGUGGAGGCCAUGGUUAAGACCUAACUUUACAAUGUCCAUGCAGAGAGAUGUGAGAAACCAUCUUUCAAGAAUAUAGCCUGCCGACAAGUCCUGUCACAACAUAGCAGUUUUCAUAACCAGCAAGGUGGCUUUCUUGCACGUUCUUUCAUCCUACCAUUAUAACAUUUCGCGACGAUCAUUAACCAAAGCACAGCGUUUUCCUCCUCCCUUUGUUACGCGCACCACUCGUUAGUGUUAUAAUGAGAAUGAAAUCUAUGAAUUGGGAGGGACAUUCUCUCGGUCCCGUUCUGGGGACGGCUGACUGGUUUACGCAGGACCUCUUUGAAUUUCACAGAACCAUUUGUAUGCGAAUACGUUUGUUCUUGAGCAGCCAGUAUAAUGCCUGAAGGGGAGAAUGUAUCAUGUACUGUGUAUUGUACAAGGCAUGCAAAAAACUCGCAGUUCUUUCAGCUUGAAACAGUAUGUUUUUUUCCUAGUAGAAAAGUGGUCUUUUUUAUUUAGAAUAAUUUAACAUUGUGUUCACAAAUUAUUAAAUGAAGAUGGUGCAUUUAUAAAUAUGUUCUUCCAUUUAUUCAGUUGCUGAAUUCAAAAGAAGCAAAUAUUAAAGAAGUUGGUUACAAGAAGUUUUACACUUAAAUUUCAGAGUGACUUGUCACCUAUCAGCUGUCUUUUUUUUAUGGCUCUCAACUACUUCUAGCCAAUACUAUAAUUUUUUCCUCAUCUCUUUGUUUGUACACAUUUUAUUGCUUUAGGAGCUUUGGAAAAUUUAAACAGCGUGCGAGAGCUCACUGUAUUUCCGAGUCAAAAGAGACACGAGCCUUUCUGCAUGCCUAACACCGUAAUAAAAAUCCCUGUCUUCAUCAUCGUUCUCACUACUCUUUACACUGCCUGUGUGGUUACAAGACUAAGUUUUGUUGUGUGUGUAGAAGUUGUGCCUCUCUGCAGUGUGUUGUGUCCGCUGCGAAAAACCAUGCACCUCCAUAGAUGAAAAAAAAAUUAUGGCCCGUUCUUUGUUCCAGAGCCUAGAUUAUGUUAGCUAUCGAGAGUUUUUCUCCCAUUUUUGAUACUGCUCCUUUUUGCACCAUCGCGAGGAUACAGUGAUACAUUCUAUUACCACCAAAUACUAUGUACAUCUCACGCCUUCAAGACAUUAAACGAACAGAUUGUCAUUUUUUUUUUCUUACCUGAUACCCAACAC